UCGAGUGUAGACCGGCGUCGCGGAAAACAGCCAUAUGGCAUCCGAUGUGCCAGAAAGAGACGACCGGAUGCCAUCCCCGUCCUGCAUUCACUGUUAAGAGUGGUGAUACCGAGUUUCAUGUUUACUGCGUGGAUUCGCUUGUACGCUGGAACGUUUAGUAGCCAAAAUACCGCUCAACCAAACUGAUUUAAACUACACCUAGCGCGAGCGAAUACAUUCCAUCCACGGAAACAACCCUACGGAUCAAAUUUUAAACUUACUUUACGAAACUUUUACGCGCUUAUUUCCAUUCGACGUUCAUCAUUAUCUGUAUAUUUUAUUUUUGAAUUUAACGUGCGUGCAUACACGAGGCGUCGCGACGCUACUAUUAGAACAACCUCCGAACGGGCAGCACGCGGCCUGUGCAUCCUCUCCAUACGAAAGUGCGCGCAAAAAUGUGACAAGCUGAAAUUAUAAAAAAAUUUAAAAAGUGCGCCGCCACCUCUGACGACCGCCCCCGCAUGCAAGAAUCAGGCAUAAAAAAAUAUAUAUAACUGUUGACGCUACGUCAUAUGUUGCCUAGCAACACGUAGCUGAGGUGCGUGUGAUACAUACGCGAUUCAUAUUUUUCCCCCGGUGUAUGUAUAUGCAUGUGGAUGUGUGAGAAUUGAGGAUUUCGAGUAAAGAAAAAAGGAGCCGAAAUUUAAAUGUGUCUGGUGGUGAUUAAUGUUAGGUGACUGGGAACCAUCCGAGAUGCACCUCACCAACACCACCAGCCAAACGGCGACGGGUGCCGCCGCAUCCCCAGAAGGUACCAACAUCAUCAACGACACCUACAGCAAGAUGACCAGCGAUAUACUGGCGGAGCGCACCCUCAACGACUUCCUUUCCGAGCAUCCUGGAGAACUGAUCCGCACCGGGAGUCCGCUCUUUGUAUGCACUGUCCUUCCUCCUCAUUGGAGAUCCAACAAGACUUUACCCGUCGCCUUCAAGGUGGUUGCACUAGGUGACAUCGGCGACGGCACCGUCGUUACGGUGCGAGCUGGAAACGAUGAAAAUUACUGUGCGGAGCUGAGGAAUUGCACGGCGGUGAUGAAGAACCAGGUGGCGAAAUUCAAUGAUCUUCGGUUCGUCGGUAGAAGCGGACGAGGGAAGAGCUUCACGUUGACGAUAACGGUGUCAUCGUCUCCGCCGCAAGUGGCCACGUAUAACAAAGCAAUCAAGGUGACGGUAGAUGGACCCAGGGAACCACGAUCCAAAACCAUGCUUUCUCUUUUAGGGCAGCAGCAACAAUUCCAUUUUGCCUUCGGCCAGCGGCCCUUCCCGUUCGCCGCCUCCGAUCCCCUCACUGGAUUCAGGAUGCCCCCGAUAGGGAAUUGUAAUACUUUUCCAGAUAUGCCGCAAUUUGGGUUAACGUCGACCAACUCGCAUUGGGGGUACGGGGCUGCGGGGGCGUACUCCCCGUACUUUACUCCCAGCUCUUUAGGUUCGUGUCCAGCGCCUACUGCCUCUCAAUUCAAUACUCCUGCUUUGGGUUUCUCAGGAACCACGCCGGAUCAGAGCUCCACACAAGAUGCCUUCGGUACGGGUACUGCGGUCGGUUCAUUACUUCCAGAUACUUCGACGACGGAUUUGGAUCAGCAUUUAGGACUAGUCACGACCCAAACGCACACCACCCAAAAUCAAAAUUCCUCUUCUCUACUAGUACCGCGGUACUCCUCCAACCACACGGACUUCUCCUUAUCAGGAUCUCGAUCGUUAUCCGACAACUCAAGCGCUGCUGAGAGUCCAGUCCAAGACGAUUUGCUGACCCAAAGCACGUUAGGAGUGAACCACACCAACAACACCAACUUUUCCAUCCAUCAGAACAUGACGCCGACCACCUAUCCCAGCAGCACCUGCAACAACUCCUUAUACCCAGUCCUUCCCGCUAGUCUGCUAUACUCGCAACUGUAUUCUGCAGCGAACCAAACCCACAACUUCCACUCCCUUCAUUCACACACCACGCAAUCCCACAACGAUCUGCAAACUGUCAUGGAUCAACUUUCGACUUCCAAUCAGAGGCAGAUGAAUGGUUCAACUGAUCUACUCCUCACCAACAAUGGAUCUUGUGGAGCUGCAGCCCAGAGACAAGACGACGCUCGACUUAACACGAACGGUGCUCAAAGAGGUCCAGCUCACAGCACGGACGCAGUUUGGCGACCGUACUAAUCAACAACUUCCCCUCAAAGAAAAAAAAACACAUACACAAACUAAGCAAACUUAAAUGUUUCUACCUCCUUUGUAAAAUAAACU